UGACUCCGGCCGGGACAGGCGCGAUGGCGAGCGGUGACAACAGACACGCUGCUGAGGGCUUCCUCCGCUGGGGUGCAGAAGAGGAGGCGACCCAGGAACUGGAGACGGAGGAGUCGUCGGAGGGCGAGAAUGAAGAGGCCGAGUCGGAGGAGGAGCCCGACGCCAGGUUAUCGGAUGAGGAUGAAGAGGGCAAGACCAAGCAGGAGUGUAUCAUUUCUGACCCCUCCUUCUCCAUGGUGACAGUCCAACGGGAAGACAGCGGGAUAACAUGGGAGACCAAUUCAAGUAGAUCUUCCACUCCCUGGGCUUCAGAAGAAAGUCAAACUUCUGGUGUAUGUAGUUUGGAAGGGUCAGUUCUGAAUUCUCCUCCGGGGAACGUUUCCUUUAUUGUGGAUGAAGUUAAAAAGACACGUAAAAGAACUCAUAAGUCCAAGCGUGGUUCGCCAUCAUUGUGUCGGAAAGGUAGCAAAAAACGAAACUCUCUGGAAUCGCAAGAUGCUCUGGCAAACAAGGAAGAUGGUCCUUUAAUUUCUGAAAGCCCAGUGCUCAAUACUGAGAAAGAGAAGUCAUCCAUUGGCACCUAUGAUAAAACAAGAAGGAAGAAGACAACAUCCAAUACGCCUCCCAUCACUGGGGCAAUAUACAAAGAGCACAAACCAUUAGUAUUGAGGCCAGUGUACAUAGGAACAGUACAAUACAAAAUUAAGAUGUUCAAUUCAGUUAAAGAAGAAUUAAUUCCUCUACAAUUUUAUGGGACAUUGCCCAAAGGUUAUGUAAUUCAGGAAAUACAUUACAGGAAAGGGAAAGAUGCGUCCAUUAGUCUAGAGCCAGAUUUGAGCAAUAGUGGUUCUAACCUAGCUUCCCAAAGAAGUAAAUUAGUAGCCCAAAGCCCAAAAGAUGGCACAGCAAGAGAGCUUGCUUCACCCUGGAGAGGUGCCUUCUCCAAGGGGUCAAAGUCCAAGACCUCAUUAUUUAGCCAUGAAGAGCAAAAGAAAAUGUAUGUUGAUUCCCCCUUAAAAGCCACGUCUGCAACAGAGCACACCUUGCCUUCUUAUUCCAGAAAUUUGCUUGACACAGCAGAUCAAGAACAUCUAAGACCUCCAAAGACAGAGCUACAGCAGCCAGCUAACCAACUGAAGACCCACAGAACCGAGCCACCCAGUGCACCAGCAACCAUGUUCCCUGAAUUUGAACCAGACUCACAGGGAACAGAAAGUUCAGAGAAUGAUGCGUCACCGUUCUCAGGCCCAGCAGAUGAUGUAAAAGAGGAAGGUAUGGUUUCUGCUGGCCAUUUCAUGUCAAGGGACUCCGAGGAGUCUUUGGAGACAGGACCACCAAGACUGGUACCUUCCAUCCUAGAAAGGUUGGAGCCAGAGAAGGAAGAGCUAAAGCUGAAUUCAGUAGAAAAGAUGGAACCAGACUUUGAACACCUGACCUCAUCUGAGCCCACAGCCAGAGAGGAGCAUGUGCCUGAGCCCAUAGCCCAUAUAGAGAAGGAGCAUGCGCCUGAGCCCAUAGCCCACAGGGAGGAGGAGCAUGCGCCUGAGUCCAUAGCUCACAUAGAGGAGGAGCAUGCGCCUGAGCCCAUGGCCCACAGAGAGGAGGAGCAUGAGGAGCAUGCGCUUGAGCCCAUAGCCCAAGAGGAGGAGCAUGCGCCUGAGCCCAUUGCCCAAGAGGAGGAGCAUGCGCCUGAGCCUUCUGUCGCUGAACUAGAGCGACAAGAACUAGAGAAGGCAGUGGAAAUCACGGAUACCACUGAACCAGAAGAUUCUAGUCUAGAAGAAGAGAUCAUAGAACUUGAUUAUCCGGAAAGUCCUUUAGUUUCUGAGGGGUCUUUUUCAUCACCUUUGUCCCCUGAAGUGGAGCACAGAGAAGAGCCCAUUCUGCCAUCACAAAUGACAUUCACACCUGAACAUGUCUCUUUGUCUGAGGAGGAAAGAGAGGAAAGCGAGUCUCUUUCUACUGAUUCUGCUUUUGUAUCUGAGUAUUCGGUCCCACAGGAUCUGAACCGUGUGCCAGAGAAGCAAGAAGCCGAAGCAGUUUCUCUCUCUGAUGUGAAAUCCCUCUCUGAGCCUGCGGUUUUUUCAGAGGAGGAUGACGAACGCGAGUCUUAUUCCCCAGCUGUGGCAUCUGAAUCUGAGCUCUCUCUCUCUGCAUCCACCAUCGAGAAGACAUCAGCAUCCCAGUCUCCGCUCUUUCCCCCAGUUACUCCAGACCAUCUGGUCCUAUCUGGAGACGAAGCCUCAGAGAGUAGGUGGCAAACACCAGAGACGGCGCCUGCUACCGAGAAUUCAGGUCCAGUGCGUGCUGCGCAGGAGUCGCCGGCGAGAACAGGCGACCGUAAGCCCCCAUUAAAGUCCCAAGAUGUUUCUGAGCCCAUGAUUCUGGCAGAAGAAAAGAAAGAAGAAAUGGGGCCACACCUCCCAGACGUGGAAGCCAUCUCUGAAUACUCUCGUUCUCCAUCGUUAACUGAGAAGGCUUCGGAAUGCCCCGUCCCACCGCCAUCCCUGGCUGCCACACUGAGACACGCAGUUGUAUCGAAAGAUGGGGAUGGAGAAAGUGAACAUGUCACAUCAGAUUCGAAACUGCCGUCUAAAUCCUCAACUCCCCAAAAUGCAACACAGGAAUCCCCCCGGAAAGCAAUUGAUGACAUGCCCCAAUUCAGACCACAAGGCAUUUCUGAACCCGUGACUCUGUUGGAAGAAGAAAAGGGAGAUGUUGGGCCAUCUCCACCGGAUGUGGAGUCUGCAUCUGAGCAUGCUGUCCCACUGAUCGAAACUGAGAUGCUUUCUGAAUGCCAGGUCCCACUUCCUUCAGCUGCAGCGUCUGAACGUGUGGUCCUACCAAAAGGAGAGACCAUAGCAGACCAGCGGUUCUCGCUGUCCUCCACACCUGCUUCUGAACGCUCAUUACCAACACCAUCUGUGACACCAGAGUCCCAGGAGGAAGACAUCGUCCCCACAUCCCCUCUGCUUCUAAAAGGUGCCUCCUCACCCACCACUCUAUCGGAGCUAGAGCAGGAAGAGGGAAGCCUCGGGCCCUUCUCCCCUGAUUCUGCCUUUGCGUCCGAGUUCUCCUUCUCCCCCUAUCCGACUCAGGAGACAGAGAAGAGAGAGCUGGGGCGUGAAUCUCCACUGUGUUUGACAUCGCCAUCUGAGCAUACUGUUUUGUCAGAUGAAGACACGGAAGAGGCUGAACUUUUUUCCCCAGAUUCGGCGUCACUACUUUCCGUCCCACCGUACAGACUCCCAGAAACAGAGCAAAAUGAGAGCCAGCCAGACUCGUCCCUAGCUACAAGGUUUGCUCCAGAAUCCCCCUACUUCUCAGAAGCAGACGAAGAAGAGUCAGGAUCAACGGCGCUCACACCUGUGCCCGAGCCUUUUGAUCCUUCACAGGAACAGGAGGCCAAACCCUUCCUUUUCAUGCCUGUACCCGAAGACCUGAGCCUGCCACCUUCAGCAAAUAAAACGGGCCAAGCAGAGAGCAUCCCAGAUGCUCCGACAAUCUCAACAUCUGUAUCUGAAUAUCUCAUCCUGGCCCAGCAGCAGAAAACGCAGGCGUCUCGGGAGCCUGAGGCAGAGAGUUUGGUACCACCACCUUCAACCAGCAGAUGGGAGAUGGGAGAUGUUAGGAGUAGUUCAGCAGCAGCUACGAUAGCCGCUUCUUCAUCUGCACCGUCCUCGGUGGUAAAGGAAGAAGCCGAACCUGGUUUGCCCACAUCUCGGUCCUCAGUUCCACCUGAGUUGGCCCACGUCCUUAAGACAGAACAGGAACCCAAGGCAUCACCCACUCUAAAAUCUGCACAGGAACAGAUGGCUCUGCCAAAAGUCAGGACGGAAGAAACUGUGCCGGAUUCUCAAGAAGCAACAGCACACACAUCACAGGAUCAGACACCAGAGCCUCGGCGCCCAAAUGUUCCGGGAUCUGGGAUGAAAUAUUCAGCUCUGUCUGACUCGACAGAGGAGCCAAAGGCGGAUGUCAAACCCGAUUUAGCUCCAACUGUGACUUCUGAACUAGAACGCAAGGUGUUGUCAAAGAAUGAGCCCGAAGUAGCAAAGUCAUAUUCACCUCCAGAGGAAAUAGCUGUUUCUGGACAUGAGGUUUUAUCUGGAGAGAAAACGGAAGUGAAACAGGGUUCCAGAAUAACCAGGGAGCUUCCUGCAGCCUCGUCGGGAAUAGAAAGGGAAGUUGAACAUCGCCCCCCUGAGCCACCAGCAUUUUCAGCUUUGUCAGAAGAAAUGCGGGAAGAACCCACAGCCAGCUUUUCUGCCGCCACAAUGCCAAUAACUAAGCUUGAUUCAAAUUUAACUGAAUCAGGCAGAGAUGAAACCCUGACAGAUUCAUCUCUCACCAGCCCCGAGGGACACCAGGGCCAAAAGAGAGUAGGGAGGAGUGAAUUAGGAAGAGGCUCGCCGCCACUCAUUCCUUCGGUAGCCGGGCGCUCAGUUCUCAUAGGGGAAGAGAAAGAACCAAUUAAAGAAGCCGCUGCUGUCAUUGAUAGCUCCUCAUCUGGAGGUUCAGCUUGGCCAGAAGCAGAGCAAGAAAUGAAAUUAGGUUCACCUCCGAGUCCAUUAUCUCUAUCUGAGCAUUCUGUUCAGUCAAAAGCAGACACUGAAGAUGUUAAAGCUGAGUUACCAGUAUCCAAAGCGUCAGCAGAUGUUCCUGGGGCAGCCAGGGCAGAAGACAAACAAGGCCUUCCAUUCCCUCCAGAUCUCGAUUCUGAACGCUCAAUUUCAUCCCAGAAAAAAAACUUGGUGUCUGUCUCAGAGGUGUCAAUGCCUCAACCCAAACUUCGCACCAAGUUGGGCAGUGAGGUAAAGAAAGAAGACGGUGAGCUUUUAUCAGCCUCACUGGCACCCAAGCACACAACUCCAAACGACAAGCCUGAGGGGGUGAGAAGGUCUCCUGAGUCUGAAAAUUCAGUGUCCGAAGAUUUAGCCCCAACAUUACUGGCCCACGGGGAUGAGAUAAACAAACAAGCAGAGGAGACAUCUUUGGUCCUGAGGGGUCUCCUGUCAGGAAAGCAAGAGCUGAUAAAGCUGCCUCCAGAGCCUGAGGAGAAACACAAGCAGUUAUCAGAAGCAGCACCUGCUGGGUCAGAACUCGUUGGUAGUAGAGGCAGAAGUGGAUCCUUAAGCAUAGAACCAGUACAACCCCUUGUACCUGAACCAGGGUCUUCUGUCUUAGAAAUGAGAACCACUGAGCUUAGGAGCAGAGGAAAAGACCAAGAAGAAGACAGGAAGUUCCCUGUGUCUGCCUUAUCUCUAUUAGAGACUGCCUCUUCUGACCUCCCUGUAGGGCAAAGGGAGCUUGAAAAAACCCUGCAUGAGGGGCACGUUAUUAAGGUGCCUGAUGUGAACAGCUCUUUCACAAAGAAAUCAGAUCUGGAUAUCCAACAACUCUCAGAUAGGAAAGAGAAUUCGGAGCAGUCCAAAUCAUUUAUGAGAACAGAACUUGCCGAUGUUACAGGAAGAAAAGUAAAGGAGACUCUCUUUUCUCCCAAGGAUAACACCUGGAUUCUGGAGAAGCCAGAUGACUUGGCCAAUCAGCACGAAGAUAGAAAACCAGGGUCCAGGCAGCUGGAGUCCUCUGCUAGCAAUGAUCUGAUUCCAGGGGAACUUGAGGCUGCUCCAUUGGAUACAGACCACAAAUCUGGAAUCAGAAAGCAGGUGUCCCAAGCUGUGGAAAAAACCCAUUUGCCAUUGCAAGACCAAGAAUCCACCCUUCAUGUAUCUCAUAACAGGGAAGAAACCUCAUCCACUGAGACUUCCUUUUCGGAAGAAAUAAAGUUGCUUCAGGAACCACAGCUUGUGGUUCGAGCUGGGAAGGUGGAGGGAGGCAGAGCAGAGGAGAGGCAGAUCAAUUCUCUUACAGAGAGUGAAAAUUUGAUAUCAGAGGAAACAAAUGCAGAAUUUCCCAGGCCUUGCAAAGAAGAAACUCAGGAAGAAAUCAAACUACCUCUUGAAAGAACUCUCCAUAAACCAGAGCCUGGCCCAUCUGCGGAACAGGUAAAGGCAGAAGCUCCCCCGAUUCCCACCAGAGCAGCUCGUUUUCCGGCUGAAGUUGCAGAACCUACACUGGACAAAGACCAAGAGGCAAGCACAGCACCAGUGUCUGGUGAGAAGCCAUCUGGAGAACCGAAAGGGGUUCCGCCAAAGGCUGUAAAUGAUGCUGAGGAAAGGAGAGAGCCAGCCCCAGAUGUGAACAUGUCCACUCAAAGUAAACCUGUGCCUGAAGUCACAGCAAAUGUUACACCUCAACCCCUAAAGACACCAGAGGUGACACAUAGGCCAUCUGAGAAGUCAUUGGUGGCUGAACAAGGUCUUCCUGCAGAGAAGGGGAAGAAAGGAAUAUCGUCCUUCAGAUCAUGGAUGUCUAGUUUAUUCUUUGGAUCAAGCACUCCCGAUAAUAAGGUCAGUGACAAAGAAGACUUAGAAACGCAGCCGAGUCCCUCUGUAGAGAAAGCAAUGACAGCCAUGGACCAGAAAAGUGCAGUUCCUGCUGAGGUUAACACAGCUGAACUGGCUGAAGAAUCCAAUGGUGUGUCAGUUAAAGCCAGCAAAAAUCAAGACCUUAAAGAAACACCCACAUUGUUAUCAAGUGCAGAAGUUUUAAAACAGCCCGAAUCCAACUCUGAAAAUUACAGGAAGAAGGAAGCUCCAGGCUACCUGGAGGCGACCAGGGUAAGCUCAGCUACAUCAGCUGACGACAAACAUCUUGGAAUUCAACCUUGUUCCCCAAUGGGUGAGAGACUGGUUAUGGAAGAAGCCCCAAACACUAUUCCUCUUCGUGUUACUGAGAGCCAAAGACACCAGAAGCCACAAAUCUCUCCUCCAUCUACAUGGACUAUUUCUGCUCUUAAGGAAGAACCAAGCAGUGAUCGCAAAGAAACAUUGUUCUUGUCAUCUGACAGAGUAGAUAAAAUGCCACAAGAGCCCAAAUCAGCUCCAUCUGACUUCACAGGGGUGAAGGACUCAGAGAAGUCAGCACCAGUGAUCUUGCCAGUGGAAUUAAAAGGCAGUUUAAUUGAUUUCGCUGAAGACAGACUAAGAAAAGAAAUGCCAAAGCCCACUUCUUUGAAACACCGUGAAGAGGAAGUCGAACGCCCAAUGGAGGAGGAUAGCUGGGACAUCAGAUCGCUUUCCCUGGCAGAGAAGAGGGAGCUGGCAGAGACACAAGAAAUCAUGGCUCCCUUGGAGCUUAGGGAAAAUAAGGUGGCAGGAAAGUUGCAAAUGCCACUGGAAUCUCGACCUUUUCAAUCUCAAGAAUCAAAAGCUACUGAGAAGCUGAAACAGCGCAUCUCUCCAGCUGAAGAGCUCACAGAAAAACCCAGCAUGACUCUUGCUUCUGAGGAGAGGAGAGGAGAGGAGCAGCAGACACAGGCAUCUUCAGAAGGAAAGCAGGGACACCAGCCCUACUCUCCAACUGCAGCCCUGCCUCUGCCCCGAGCAUCAACUGUCUCUUUGGGUGAAGCCCAACCACCUUCAUUGGUUAAACCAACACCAGUUACUGAACAACCAGAAUGCAUGUUCACAGAGGUAUACCCAGAAAUUAGGGACAGAAAGGCAGCAGAAACCCAACUCCAUGCCCUGGAAAGAAGUAUAGUCUUAGUAGAAAAAACCAAGUCCUCCCAUGUAAAGCCUCCCCAUGGGGAGGAAAUGAUUGGCCAUUCUUUGACUUGGAGAGAAAAUCUGGAGUUGGAGAAAGCCAGUGAGGAUAGGGAGGGCCUCAAAGAGGAGAGGAGACAGUUGUUAAUGCCAGAGUUGUCCACUGGUGCCUCGGUGGCUGUUGCACUUGAAAGCAUGCCGUCAAGGUCUCUCUCUGAGGAUGCUGAAAGCGCACCAGAGCACACUCCUGAGGAAGCAGAGCAUUUGGGAGUACCACUGACUCAGCUGUCGCCUGUAGAACCACAAACUCUUGUUUCAGGAACGUCUCUAGAAUAUACAGUGAAGAGACCAGAAACGUGGUUGGAGAGGCCUACAGUGCACACCAUCCAGACCUCUACAGAUGGCCUGACCGGGAUGCCGAAACAGUCUGCUCUUGUUCCAAAGCGUCCCUCAGAAGCUGUGGAGGAUGCGCACAGAGAUGAGCCACUCUCUUCAGCCGCGAGCAACUACACUCAAUUUAUGCUUCAUGCAUCAGCCGUCAGCGCUGACGGAACAACUCCCAUGAAAGGCUCAUCCAAGGAGCCCGAAGGCACCUCAGUAAAAGACGAAGAAUUUGCAGUAACCAGCAAGCCCGCCGGACUUUCGGAGGAUCAGAAAAGUGCCUUUAGUAUCAUUUCCGAAGGCUGUGAGAUACUGAAUAUCCACGCUCCCGCCUUCAUCCCUUCGGUGGAUCAGGAAGAAAGUGAACAAAUGCAAGAUAAGUUGCAUUAUUUGGAGGAGAAAGCCUCAUUUAAAACUGUUCCCCUGCAUGAUGAGAGCGAGACAUUUGCUGCCCGUAAGACACAGAAGGGCAAGUUAGAAGACUCUCAUAGGGAAGUCACAUCGCUGGUGGAAAGCAAGGCAAAGGAAGCUCAUAAAGCGAAAGAGGAGAGAGCCACCGAGCCAGAAACAGGAGACUUCACUUUUAUUCAACCCGCAGCUUCCAGUGAAGAGGAUUAUUUUGAAAAAUACACGUUAAUUGAUUAUAACCUCUCCCCAGACUCAGAGAAACCGAAAUUAACUGUUGAGGGAUUCUCAAAGGAAGUCACGGAAGCAGAGGCUUCUUUCCCAGAGAGUUCAGAUGAACGCGCCCUGGAACACGAAUAUGACUUAGUUAAGUUAGAUGAAAGCUUUUAUGGGCUAGAAAAGGACUACAGUGAGCUAUCUCAGACAGAGAUGCAAACGUCUUUGGUCAUCCAAACACCAGGCGAUAGAAAUGUUCCGAAGGCUAUCAGUAGAGAUGGGGACUCCAGAUCUCCUGGGAUGCCUUUGUUUGAUGUGGACGAAGGGGUUCUAUCAAGAAACCAGAUAUUCCCUACCACCGCCAAGGCUGUCAAUCCUGAGCUUCUAGAGGAGCCACCCGCGCUUUCAUUUUUAUAUAAAGAUCUGUAUGAAGAGGCAUCUGGGGAGAAGAACGAAGAGGAGACGGCCUCUGAAGGUGGCAGCGCAGAUUCGGAGGCAUCGUUUCCAAGGAGACAUUCUGACACUGAUGAUGGGCCAGGUAUGUAUUUUGAGAAGUACGUACUCAAAGACGACAUUCUUCACGACACAUCUGUAACUCAAGAAGAUCAAGGCCAAGGCCUGGACGGAAAACCAGUUGGCGAGUACGAUUCACAUCAGCUGAGAGUUGCAGAAAGGGAAACUGGCAGAAAGCCUGACACUGGUUUUUGGGAGAAGAAUCUGGAAGAACAGCAAAAGGCUGUUGGCAGGGAAGGAGACUCCAUAGGCCACAUGGCGACCCACAGUGAGGUGGCGAUGCAGCAGAAAGCUCCCAUUACAGAGGAGGUCAGAGCAGUCACCCAGAAGAUGAGCUACGCAGUUCCAUUUGAAGAUACCCUUCAUGUUCUGGAGAGUGUGGAUGAACCAAGCAGUCAGGGUAACGAAGCAGUAAAUGCCAGUCCAGAGGUCCAGCUGAAUGUCCCAGUACAGGUGUCUUUCCCAGAGGAAGAAUUUGCAGCUGGUGCCACUUACACUCCAGAAACGCCACAAGCAGAGUUCAUCCCAUCUGGGCCACGUGAAGAGAGGCUCCGCAAUAUCCCUGUCCAGGAUGAGUAUGAGUUCGCCGAUUCUCUGAAUCAAGACGUGGUCAGCCGAGGCAUCUUCUCAGAAGAACCAUCUUCAGAAUCCACACCCGAAGAUGCAUUAUCUCAAGGAGCAGAAUCGUCCAAGCGUACCAAGGAACAUGAAUUCAUGAAGGAAGAAGGACCUAGUAUGUCUGCCGAGCAGAAAGAGUUGGACGGAAGGAGGAUAGAAAAUGACCGGCCUGCACCAGAGUCCGUUACAGAUAAGGCCCAGAAGGAACGGACGAAGGCCCAGGUUGACUAUUACUGCUACACCUGCAAAAGCCAGGUCUCUGAAAUGGACAAGGUGUUGGGUAUCCACAAAGACCACGAGGUUUCCGCCCUUGACACAGCUAUAAGUGCUGUGAAGGUUCAAUUAGGAGAAUUUCUUGAAAAUCUACAAGAAAAAUCCUUGAGGAUUGAAGCUUUUGUUAGUGAGAUUGAAUCCUUUUUCAAUACCAUUGAGGAAAACUGCAGCAAAAACGAGAAACGCCUGGAAGAACAGAACGAGGAAAUGAUGAAGAAGGUUUUGGCACAGUACGAUGAGAAAGCCCAGAGCUUCGAGGAAGUGAAGAAGAAGAAAAUGGAGUUCUUGCAUGACCAGAUGGUCCACUUUCUGCAGAGCAUGGACACGGCCAAGGAUACCUUGGAGACCAUUGUGAGAGAAGCUGAGGAGCUUGAUGAGACAGUUUUCCUGGCCUCGUUUGAGGAAAUCAAUGAAAGACUGCUUUCAGCGAUGGAGAAUACGGCUUCCUUAGAGAACAUGCCUGCCGCCUUCUCGCUGUUUGAGCAUUACGAUGACAGCUCGGCGCGAGGUGACCAGAUGUUGAAACAAGCGGCCGUUCCACAGCCUCCCAGACUAGAACCUCAGGAACCAAAUUCUGCCACCAGCACAACAAUUGCAGUGUACUGGAGCGUGAAUAAGGAGGAUGUCGUGGACUUAUUCCAGGUGUACUGCAUGGAGCAGCCUCAAGAUGACCAAGAAGUAAACGAACUGGUGGAAGAAUACAGAUUGACCGUGAAGGAAAGUUACUGCAUUUUUGAAGACCUAGAACCUGACCGAUGUUAUCAAGUGUGGGUGAUGGCCAUCAACUUCACUGGAUGUAGCCUGCCCAGUGAAAGAGCCAUUUUUAGAACAGCACCUUCCACUCCUGUGAUUCAUGCGGAAGACUGUACCGUGUGCUGGAAUAUGGCCACCGUCAGAUGGCGGCCUGCUAACCCCGAGGCCACAGAGACCUACACUCUGGAGUACUGCAGACAGCACUCUCCUGAGGGUGAAGGCCUGAGAUCCUUCUCUGGAAUCAAAGGACUCCAACUGAAAGUCAACCUGCAACCCAACGACAAUUAUUUAUUCUAUGUGAGAGCCAUCAACGCAUUCGGGAUGAGCGAACAGAGCGAAGCUGCCCUCAUCUCUACCAGAGGGACCAGAUUUCUCUUGCUGAGAGAAACAGCUCACCCAGCUCUCCAGGUCUCCUCGAAUGGGACGGUGAUCAGCUUCUCUGAGAGGAGGCGGCUGACCGAGAUCCCCUCCGUGCUGGGGGAGGAGCUGCCUGCCUGUGGCCAGCAUUACUGGGAGACCACAGUCACAGACUGUCCGGCUUAUCGGCUUGGCAUCUGCUCCAGCUCGGCUGUGAGGGCUGGAGCCUUGGGACAAGGGGAGACCUCGUGGUACAUGCAUUGCUCUGAGCCACAGAGGUACACGUUUUUCUAUAGUGGCAUUGUGAGCGAGGUACAGGCGACCGAGCGUCCAGGCCGAGUGGGUAUUCUCCUGGACUACACCAACCAGAGACUUCUAUUUAUAAAUGCGGAGAGUGGACAGCUGCUCUUCAUUGUGAGGCAUCGAUUUAGCGAGGGCGUCCAUCCUGCCUUUGCCCUGGAGAAGCCUGGGAAAUGUACUCUUCAUCUGGGCUUAGAGCCCCCAGACUCUGCCAGGCACAAGUGAUCCUGGGUCUUCAGAGUUUAUGAGAGUGAGAAUUUAGGUUUGGGGUGGAGAGCUGUCAUUCUCUCUCAGGUACUGUUAUUCAGAUGGUCUCCCACACACCUGCUCUAACAAUAGCUAAGGGUGCCAUGGUCAGCAUGACAGGAAAGCCAGGGACCCUGUGCCCUUACAGAGUGUGUAAGUGGAGAGGGUGCAGACACAGCCUCCACCCUUCGGUUCACAGUUGGCCUUGUUGACUAAAUUCAAGUCAAGCUUUGUACUUAACCUGGGAACCAAAUCCAGAGAAACGGACUUCUGCCUGUUUUAUCGGUCGAACAAAUCCCCAGGUAGCCAGGCUAGAGAGGAGAGGUUUGUUAGUGUCACAUCUCCACUGACAAAGAGACACAGGCUUCUUCCACAAGAAAAUGUCACCUUACUUCACUAAAGGAUAAUGAAUCCUAGUCAUUAGAGGAAAUGUUUUAGCUGAUCUAAAUUUACAACGAAUUCCUUUAUUAUUGUAUAUGCUGUAGAACAUAAACCCCACUUCUCUGAAAUUUUCAAAGUAGAAAAAUACUACAUAACAGAGAUUUCCACUUUGUUAAAUAAAUGGCUAGACUCUUAUAA